UGUUCGACGACGGUGUCUUUUGUACCAACGAACUCAGAACCCUAAACCCCAACUCCAUAAUAUAAUUUUCGUCAUGUACUGUACUUUGCGAUUUCCUUUGCCUCUUCACAUUCCCCAAACUCGAACAAUGUCCUCCUCCUGUCAGCCGAAACGACGCCGUCUGGAGCACUUGCGGUGCUCUGCUCAGCCUAGUCUUCGUGAAGAUGACGAAGAGGCCGAUGAUAGGAGUGUUGGAGUUGCAAGACGAAUUUCGAUUGUGGUGGAGAGAUACGGAAAUGGCACUUCAAAAAGAUAUUUUCUAGAUGAUGAUGAUGACUCCCCUUUACAAGGCUUUCUCGAGGAGCGUGAACUUAAGCCUGAUAACGAUUCUCAGAGCUCUGAUUCCUCUGAAACGAACACUCUUUGGCUUCCAGAUGUUGUCAAGGAUUUUGUUUUCCCCACAGGCUUUCCUGCGUCUGUUUCAGAUGAUUACUUGGACUAUAUGCUGUGGCAGUUCCCUACCAAUGUUACUGGCUGGAUUUGUAAUGUAUUAGUCACCUCAAGUCUUCUCAAGGCGGUUGGCGUUGGCUCUUUCUCAGGAACUUCUGCUGCCGCUACUGCUGCUGCUUCUGCUGCAGCCAUCAGAUGGGUCUCCAAGGAUGGAAUUGGAGCUCUUGGCCGUCUUCUUAUUGGUGGACGUUUCGGUAGUCUUUUUGACGAUGAUCCUAAGCAAUGGCGAAUGUAUGCUGAUUUUAUUGGCAGUGCUGGAAGCUUCUUUGAUCUGGCGACACAGCUAUAUCCAUCCCAGUUCCUACUGUUGGCAUCCACGGGAAAUCUUGCCAAGGCUGUGGCUAGAGGAUUGAGAGACCCUUCAUUCAGAGUGAUUCAGAAUCAUUUCGCCAUCUCAGGAAAUCUUGGAGAGGUAGCAGCCAAGGAAGAAGUGUGGGAAGUUGCUGCGCAGCUAAUUGGUCUUGGUUUCGGCAUUCUGAUCAUUGACACGCCGGGCCUUGUAAAGUCAUUUCCGUUUGUGUCACUUACAUGGACGAGUGUUAGACUUGUUCACCUCUGGCUACGCUACCAGUCGCUUGCAGUCCUACAAUUUAACACGGUAAAUCUCAAGCGUGCUCGUAUCAUAGUAGAAUCUCAUGUUGUGCACUCAGUUGUACCAGGAUAUGUUGACUGCAACAAGCGAGAAAACAUUUUGUUGGGGCAGAGGUUCAUGAAACCUCGGAUAAUCUUUGGUGUAUCCCUUGAAGAAGUGUCUGGUCUGGAGAAAUCUGUUUCUAAGGUCAAGGCACUCCUUAAGAUGUACACAAAGGAGAAAUAUAUUCUUACGUUGAAUAAGUUGAACAGUGAUACUGAGUUUUCUGUGUCUUUUAAGGUGAAUGCCACAAGCAGAGACGUGUUGAGAUGUCUUUGGCAAGCAUAUUGGUUAGAGGAGAACAUGGAAGAAAGCUUUAAAGACAAGGAUAGUGUGUUCCACUGGCUGAAGCAAAGCUUGUCGGAGAUGGACAACAAGUUUGAUGAUUUCUUGUUCAAGUUGGAUACUGCUGGAUGGAAUCUACGUGAAUCUAACUUGAAGAUUCCCAACCAAGUUCUCAUCGACCAGGAAUCUAUCCCUCUCUAACAUUCGAUUGAUUGAUUGAAUCUUCAGACUCAUCACGCAGUCUCUUGAACAAAAGAAACUAACACUUGAGGUAAAUAAUACCAAACCCUGUCAAUUUGAAUAUGGAGUAAUCUAUAGGUGAUUUGUAGAAAUAUCAUUGUUUGGUACAGCUAAUAUAGUUAGGAUAUAUCAGGCUUUGUAUGGCAACUUGUUUAAAUUUGUAUUGUGUGACCUGAUCCAUAUAAAUUAAGAGGAAAAAAUUAUAAUA